AUGGAGGAUUUCAAUGGCGCAUUCGGUAUGGGUGGAGGAGGGGAUGUUCAGGCUGCAACAUCGCAUCCCUUUCAAGACAAUGGUGAUUACAUAGGAGGCUACAACAUGGGCCAAAACUACGGGUUUGAAGAUUCAAUUUCCGAUGACCUUAACGCCGUACACGACGUUCCUCCUCCCCCAAGCUACCAUCAAGAUGAAAGGAUGUAUUCUCAGGAAAACUACGGGGGAUUCUCUUCAAACGAUAAUUCAAAGCCGUACGACUUAGGAACUGAUGCUGAAGGCAUCUUCAUAUCUGCUGGAAAUGGCGACGGGGGCGGCCCUCUGCUUCCUGACCCUAGCCAGAUGCGCGAGGAAGGGGCUGCGUUUCGCGAGUGGCGUCGCCAAAAUGCCAUUUAUCUUGAAGAGAAGGAAAAGAAGGAGAAGGAAAUGCGAAAUCAGAUAAUUGCUGAAGCGGAUGAAUUCAAACGUGCUUUCAACGAGAAAAGGCAAAAGAAUAGGGAGAACAACAAGGCUCUCAACAGAGAACGCGAAAAGCUGUACUUGAUCAAACAAGAGAAGUUUCACAAGGAAGCCGAUAAACAAUAUUGGAAAGCAAUAGCGGAUCUCAUACCCCGUGAGGUUGCAAACAUCAAUAAACGAAGAGCACGAAAGGAUAAAGAAGACGAAAAGAAACCUGGGAUUGUUGUGAUUCAGGGUCCAAAGCCUGGGAAACCUACCGAUCUUUCAAGAAUGCGAUAUCUCUGCCUGAAGUUGAAGCAAAAUCCUCCUUCUCACAUGAUACCACCACCAUCUCAACCUGAAACCGAUACAAAAGAUGGCAAAGAUGAAAAGAAUGCCAAGAAUGGGAAAGAAGCAAAAGAUGAUUCUAAGCACAAGGUUGGUUCACAAGCUACUACCGACACUGAAGUUUUGGCUCCAAUCGAGAAGCCAACGGAACCUGCAACGACCGAAGCGUCCUCAAAUGCCUGA